CCCCCCCCCCCCCAAUAAAAAGUUUUAAAAGAGUUCUUUUCUACUCUGAUUAACUUUAAGUUAUAUUUCACCUCAUAAAGCAGCCUGAAGAACUUAUUUUUAUUUUCCAGAAUUUGGCUAAUUUUUAAAAGUCUUGUUUGUUGAAUUAAAGAUACCUCAAACCAUUCAUCUAAAAACAUUGCAUCCACUUGUAAAGAGAUCGAAGAAGACUGAGCACACCAUGAAUUCCCUCACAGAACGGUGCUGUUUGAUUCGUUAACUGUGAGAGCAGACAAAGGAGUAGGAGGAGUUGGACCAGGGGGGGGGGGCAGGGGAGGAGUUACCACUGCUGCUGUCCGCUCAAAGCACAAAAAACUGUCUGCCAUACAGGCACAAAGGAGAAGUAGGAACUCCGUCUGAGCAUGAUGCGUGCACAGCAAAGCCCCUGAGGCUGUCAGUGGGAGAGACAAGUCCAGAGAGGGGGAGAGAGAGAGGGAGGGAGAGGUAGAUGCUGAGUGACUCAGCCGGUCGGUAAGAGAAAGAAAGAGGAGGGGAACAGGAAACAGACCCUGAAGACAAAACUGAAAGUCACCCGAGCAGGAGUUCAACUCCAGCUCCAGUUCUGCUGCCUGGUUGAAGCCUUGUGGAGGCGGCUCGGGACCCCCGUGACAAGGAGAAGGCUCUGAGGACAACUUUGCUGCCGUGGAGCUGGAAGGGGCAAAUACUCUAGGAGAGGAUUUUUGACAAAGAGAGAGGACAAUGCCAUGAAGACAGAUUCUUUUUUUGGGACGGACCUGAAUGUGGAUACACCAUCAUUCCCUCAGCCCGUGGUGGCCGGAGACCUCCCGGGUCAUUUGAAAACGGGACACUGGUCCGUGUGAUUGAUUUAUCUCCGUGAGUAAAGUCUCAGUCUCCAACUCGUGGGGUGCAGAGCCUGGUGGAGAGAUAGUGCAGGGGGAGGGGAGGACGCACCGGCCCUGAAUCUCUGUCCCCUGGGAGGGGUCUUUUCAACAUGAGGUAACCCCCCAAAUGACUACAUCAAGACGAGCGAGGGCGUGAUGACGAGCAUGUGCAGCAGCUCUCUCUGAUACGGGCCGUUGUGUGACGGGGGGAAAUCUUUGUGUCUUUCGAUGCAUCCUGUCUCAAGACUGUUCGGUUGCUUUCUCUCCAUUCAUGGUGGAUUUUUUAUAGCUAUUGCAUAACGGACGCCCUCAUCCCGCCACUCUUUGUCUCUCAGGAUGUACAACACUACCCUCUCAGCUGACAGUUUUACCCAACCCUGGGCUGGAAAUGACUCGGCAAACAGCUCUGCCUGCAGCAAGAACGACAGCUUCAAGUACCCUUUGUACAGCACCGUCUUCAGCAUCGUGUUCGUGGUGGGACUCGUCACCAACGCCGUGGCCAUUUACAUAUUCACCUGCACGCUGAAGCUGAGGAACGAGACCACGACCUACAUGAUGAACUUGGUGGUGUCGGACCUGCUGUUUGUCUUCACGCUGCCUCUGAGGGUCUUCUACUUCAUCAACCAGAACUGGCCCUUUGGAAGCACGCUGUGCAAGGUCUCCGUCUCGCUGUUCUACACCAACAUGUACGGCAGCAUUCUCUUCCUCACCUGCAUCAGCGUGGACCGCUUUUUAGCCAUUGUGCACCCGUUUCGCUCGAGGACGAUCAGGACAAAACGCAACGCCAAGAUAGUGUGCGCUGCUGUGUGGGUGCUGGUGCUGUCGGGGAGUCUCCCCACAGGGUUCCUGUUGGAGACCACCUCAAAGGAGAACAGCAGGACAAAUGCUACAUUCUGCUUUGAGAACUUCUCCUCCAAGCAGUGGAAAGCUCAUCUGUCCAAGAUGGUGAUAUUCAUCGAAACGGUGGGCUUCAUCAUCCCGCUGCUUCUCAAUGUAUGUUGCUCCAUAAUGGUGUUGCAGACCCUGAGUCGGCCCCAGACCAUCAGCCGUGGGGGGAAGCUGAACAAAACCAAGAUCCUGCGAAUGAUAAUUGUGCACCUCUUUAUCUUCUGCUUCUGCUUCAUCCCCUACAAUGUAAACUUGGUUUUCUAUUCCCUGGUCCGUACCAAAAUGUUAAAAGGCUGCUCUGUGGAGUCUGUGGUCCGAACCAUCUACCCUGUGGCCCUCUGCAUCGCCGUGUCCAACUGCUGCUUCGAUCCCAUCGUUUACUACUUCACCUCGGAGACCAUCCAGAACUCAAUGAAGAGGAAGUCGCAGGGCGGCCGAACGUAUGAUACCAAGUUCUCCGACGCCCUGCAGUCGGAAACCAGCUCUAACCUGCAGCACAGCCUGAGGAAUCUGAAAGCAAAGGUCUUCCACAAUGAGUCUUCAGUGUGAUGGUGGGCUUGUCACACUCAAGUAUUAAAAUCCAGAGAAAAAGAAAAACCCCCGUGGGACCACGGGAAUGGAUUUUUUUUUAUUUUGAGUGCUUUAUGAAGCACCUGCCAAAGAAGUAUUAAGUGAUCUUAGUCUUUAUCUCAGGGCAAAUAUUUGGACCUGUCAUGGACAGACCCUGCUCCGCAGUAUUACUGCUACAUGGCCCCGUGGUCACAACUGUGGAUUUCCUACUUUAUUUAUUACCACUUAUUAAUUCCCCCUUUUCCUGUGGAAAUUGUGUUAAGCACAAUUACUCUGCCGGUGACCUGGAAGGGAAUGUGAUCACUGAACAGCGGGACAGUUAUGAUAUUGAAAGCUACAUGUGCCUGUAUAUCUGUAAAUUUCGAUGGUAAACUGUUGCGCUAACUGUAGUGUCUAUUAAAUUAACAGAACGUUAUAUAUAUCGAGCUAUAAAUGUACAGGGCUUCUUUUUUUUUAUUGUGAAUUACAAAUAUGUCCAUGAAGUGCCUUCUUUGUUCUGGCGGCAUUUCAUUGUCGACUGUAGGUGUUGAUUGCCAUUAAAUGCACUGACAUGGAAUUCCAGAUACUGCACUCAUGCCACAGUAAUGAAUAAAAGUCAUGUACUGUCUAAAAAACAAA